AUGCAAAGUAACUUGCCAAGAAACCCUACAAACAAAAACAAGAGCAAGUUGGUGACUCUUUCUGAAUUCCUGGAACUUGCCAAGACUAAGGCAGUUACUGGAGUUUUGAUUAAUAUUAUAAAUGCUGCCUACCUAGCAUCAGAGAAAGUUCUUAGCAUCACCGAUGAUGUCGCCAGUGCCUUGAGCAAUGCCACAUUCGACAAGCUAUCCACUCAAAAAGUACUAAUCCAAUCAGAUGAUAGUUCAGUCCUAACAAAGUUCAAGGAUGUUCCAACUUACCGGAGAGUAUUGAACAUUGAAGAAAAAAUAAGUGAUGCACCAAGAAGCUCAUUCCAGCUUGUAUUAGCUCAGACAAGAUGUAGAGGAGCUCCAGUGAGGAUUAGCUCUGGUGUAAGUGUAGAGGAGCUUCGGUUGAUGCUCUGA